UCCCCACUACUACAAGAGAGAAAGAGAGAGAGAGAGGUUUUCAAUUUCAUUCCAAAUAUACCCCACCUCCUCUCCUCUGUAAUACUCUCUAUUCAAGCAAACACCAAAACCACCACACAAUGGGUUGCUUCAGGCCUUCACACAAAAACCGCCAUCCCCCCUCCCAAACCACUCUCCAUGAAACCACCUACCCAGACCAUACACAACAGCAACUCCUCUUCACGUCCCCAUACACAACCGCCUACCUCAUAGACCCCGCCAACCCCCCUCUCGAGCUGACACGCGGCGACUUCUCCGUCCUCCAGCUCACCCGCGGCGACGAAUUCCUCGCCACCAUCAUCCAAAUCGGCGAUCUUUUGUGGCCACUGGCCAAAGACGAGCCCGUCGUGAAACUCGACUGGUCCCACUACCUGUUCUCGUUCAAAGUUUCGCCGAAACUUUCGCCGGGUUUCGGCAGGUCCACGAAAAUAAUCAACUAUGGCGUCACAUUUUCCGGUGGGUGUGAGGGGCUGGACGAAUUGUUGGCUCACUACUCGUGCUUCAUUGCAAACAAUGGAAAUAAGAGUGAGAAGAGGAGAGAGAAAGGUGGGAAUUGGGAUGAGAGAGAGAGAGAAAGAGAGGAGAUGUUUUGGGGAGGAGUGAGAGAGGGAGUGGGAGAGUAUAAUGGAGUGGUGUUGAGAGCUAUGGAGGGUGGAAGUGGGGAGGUGGUGGAUGGGGUUUUCAAGUGUACUGAGGCUUACUGCAAUGAAAUUAGGAAAGGGGGGCACUUUUUUAGAGAGAGAGGGAAGGAGAGGAGAGAGGUAUCAGGUGGUCGCAAGAACACAACUCGUGCCAGGAGGAGCAUCAAAAGGGCGAGAAAGUUAUCAAAGAUGACAGAGAAAAUGAGCUUGGCAUUGCUUAAUGGGGUGGAGUUGGCGACAGGGUCGAUAGCAGGACCAUUGAUCCGAUCAGCAGCAGGGAAGAAGUUGACCAGAAGCGUGCCGGGAGAAGUCCUCCUUGGCUCCCUAGACGCUGUUAAUACUGUCAUGGACUCCGUAGAAACGGCAGGAAGGAAAGCGCUUUCUUCCACCAGCAGAACCACAAGUCGAUUGGUAGCCAACAGAUUUGGAGAAGAUGCAGGGGAGGUGACAGGAGACAUUAUGGCAACAGCUGGGCAUUGCAUGGGAACUGCUUGGAAUGUAUUCAAGAUAAGGAAAGCCAUUAAUCCUGCAUCCAAAUCCAACAUCUCUUCUGCCAUGCUCAAAAGAGCAACAAAGAAGCAGUAAACCGAGAGAAACACAUGAUUUACCGGAGAGGAAAAAGAAGAAAUGGCCCUAUGUUAUCGAACCUAGCUAUUGAUUCUAAUAUGGUUUACAGACUCUCUCUCUCUAUCUCUCUCAGUUUUCACAGCUUCAUAGGCGAAACACUGCCAUGUAAUGUAAAACGCUUCUUACAUGAUGAUAUCAAAUCUAUUGAUGUUGAUCAUUUCGAAGGAACAAUAUAGAUGUACAAAUCCAAAGCAAGACGGAUUUUUCUACA